UAUGUAAUUCACGUUGCUCAUAAACAUUACUUUUUGUCUGAUUUCUCCCACUAAAUGAAGCCAGCAAUUACACGAAUUAGAAUGCCAACAAAAUGUGCUGAACUUGGGAAACUAGGUUACUCCAGAUUUUCUUUGUUUUUUAUAAAUGUGCCUGAUUAUAAAGCUAAAGCCAGUUAGCAUUGCUAUAACAUCUUGUAGCUGUGAGGGUCUCGUUAGCUGCUACUUUAGCUUAGCAAACAAUAUUCAGCUGGGUAUCAUUAAAGCUAAUGUCAUAUGACAUAAAGAGCCUGCCAAAAUAACUCAGUCAAGCCUCGAGUGAUUAAUAACUUUUUAUCCAAAAAAAUAGAUGAGUAGACCAGUUCUCAGUUUUUCUAGUCGGUGUGUUUCUAUGCUGGAAGUCCCUCCUCGGCGCUGUGUUUGAUUACAUGGGAUAAGUUAGCCUUUUGCUAACGCAAUGGACAAUGUCCCCAGCGUUUGUUCAUCAGUCUCUUCUGAAGGAAACGGACCAGAAACCGGCGACAUCUCGUCGACGGAAGAAGGAUUAAUCGACGGUUUUGGAGACUUGGCUGCUCUUCCGGUCGAGGUUGGCGAGAGAAGACCGACGUGUUUACGGUGCCGUCGUCCUCAGAAGGUGUGUCUGUGUCCUUUUCUUCCACCACAACCCCUGGAGGUGUCCACGUGUCUCUACGUAGUGCAGCAUCCUGCAGAGGAGAGCAGAGUACUUCGCACAGUACCUCUACUUGCUGCUUGUUUGCCACAAGGAAAAUGCAACGUCAUAGUCGGAAGAAGAUUCAAUGAGGAAAAGCACCCGGAGCUGGCUGCGGUGUGUCGAGACAGCAGGACGCUGAUCCUCUACCCAGGUCCCAAAUCCCAGAACCUGGAGGAGCUGGUGCAGUACCAGGAGGUCGGCACCGUCAAACAUAACGUGAUCAUCAUAGACGGCACCUGGAGCCAGGCGAAAAACAUGUUCCUCAAAAACAGCCUGUUCCACCUGCCUAAACAGGUGCAGCUCAACAGGACCCUGUCCAGUCAGUAUGUGAUCCGGACACAACCCUCCAACAUCUGUCUGUCCACGCUGGAGUGUGCUGCCGUCGCCCUGUCUAUUCUGGAGCACAACGACGACAUUCAAGAGGUUCUGCUGAGGCCCCUGAAGGCCCUUUGCUCCUUCCAGCUGCAGCACGGCGCUCAGAUUCACCACAGCAAGGAGCACCUACUGAAGAACGGCAUGUACGACAAACCCAUGCCCAAGAACAAACGCAAGAUAAAGAGGAUGGAGAAGCUUGUCACUGACCACAACAUCUGCCCGAGAUGAGGGCGUGACUGAGCAGAGAAGCUCGACUCGUCUCUGUUUACACUGCUGUCCUUUACGCUGCACAGGACUGUAUCAUCAGGGCAGCAUGUGGCAGCAUCAGGGUACACACGCAAACCACUGGACUUUUUGGGAGUUUGUUUUUCAGAUAAUUGCGGGUAAAUAUUAUUUAUGUAUUUGUCACUAAUUUAAAAAAAAGACAAAUUGAAGUUGUAGUUUAAAUGUCCUGGUGUGACAAUAAAUCAGGUUUCAUUGUUUUUGGAAAAAAAAAAAAGACAUUUUUUCUUCCAUGAGUUCUAUAAACACUGUGGUGGUGCUGUUGUGAUUGACUUUACACAUCCAAGGGCUGGUGAAGGAGCUGAUGUUUUUUUAGCAAAAUUUGCAUUCAGAUAUGUUACAAAUUAAAAUAACCUCUCAAAUGUGAUAUUUCAUUAACUACCAGAUGAACACACAAUACAGCAGGAAAAAGGGACUAGUUGAGAACUGUAUUGUUCGGUGUGUGAAGUCAGCAUUGUUGAUGAUAUGAGCCCGACAUAUGCACAAAUAUGCAGUAUGGUACA